AGGAGCAGGACGACGAUGAUGAUGAUGAUGAUGAUGAUGAUGAUGAUGAUGAUGAUGGUCUGUGUUGCAGAGGCCGCUGGAGACAUGAACGUGUGUUUCAUCUUGGAUGGGGUCCUCAUCCUUUACGGGAUUGUUCUGACCGUCUUGUACUGCAGGCUGAGGAUGGUUCCGUCCAAAAAGAAGGCGGCCAAUCUCCCUCGGAAGCAGAGCGGCGAGGCAGGCAUCUACGAGGGUCUGACCACUCAAAGCACCGAUGUCUACGAGACCAUCAAGAUGGAGAAACCCCCCGCCGUCUGAGGGAUAGGGGGGGGGGGGGCAGCGUGUCACAUCCCUCACAGCUUUAUACUGUGUAUCAUAAGUGACCUUUUUUUUAAAAUUUUCUUUUGCAAGAAUGAUGUUGCAAACUGUCGCCAAGAUAAGAGAAGUCUUAACUUAUCUCUCUGUGUCUGAUCGUGUUCCCUUUUCUCAGAUCUUUUACUUCACUGUGAGAGGAAAAGCUCAUCAUUCGUUAACCUUAGAAGGACUAAUGAUUAUUUUUACUGUAAAAAAACAAAAAAGUUUGUAAAAUGCCAGAAAUUCUUUAAAAAGGCAGCUUGUGAUGUCUUCUUUGUCCGAUCAACAGUUUCUCCCAAUCAAGAAGAUGGAAGCAUUUUAGAUUUUUUAAUUUUUUUGUCCUGACAAUCCUCAGUUAAACUAAUCCCAGAAGGAUUAAAUACGUUCGAGCACCUUCUUUCGACAGGUUUCGCGUCCCCUUUUUGGGCAGCAGACAGCAGCACGCAGAGGUCGUCUCCCUCAGGCUCCUCACAGAAAACUCGCCCAUCCGGACUCCUGUUGCAACACAAACGUGUUGCGUUUUGUUAUCAGACAACUCUGUGCGUGUUUCUGGAGUUUCAGUGGUUUCAUUUCUGCAAAUAGACCAUAAAUGUAUGGAAUCAGUCCCAAUAUUUUUAUUUGUGUUUUUUUUUAAAUAGAUUUUUAUUGGGUGGAUUUGAUGUUCCAAACGGAUUUGUUGACCAGGGUUUCACUUCAAUAGAAUCUAUAUUUUGGGAAGAGAAUUGGAGAAGGAAGUUGUCGUCUGCUGUUGAAGCUGCGGCUCAUUGGAUCAUCUUCCUGUCUGAGAACAACACUCAGGUUUUUGGAGUAAAAGCCUGGAUAGUUUGAGAUUCGUGGUGCUUUCAGGUAUUUUACAAUAAUUUUGCGCUGUCUUUAUUUUAGAAUAUAGAUAUUUUAGGCUUCAGGUUGUUGGGGAGUUAGAGCUAAUUAACGCAUUUAAUAUAUCACAGUUUGAUGUCGCAAAGUACAUAAUGACAUAAUUGCAUGUUUAAUAUUCCUGUUAUAUUCUCUGCUUUCUUCUGUUCCUGGAACAUUUCUGUAGAGUUACGGUUGCUGAAUACUAAUAAAUAAACGUUGCGUUCAAGGGUC